AUGGUGGAUAAAUAUGGAAUUAGGAUGUUCGAAUAUGGUGGAUAUAUGGAGUUAGAAUAUGGUGAAUAUAUGGAGUGAGAAUGUUGGAAUAUGGAUUUAGAAGGCAAAAUAAUAUGCAUAUUCUGACUACUGUCUCUUCCUCUCCAGGUCGCUAUGGUUUCUCUCACCAGGGCGGAGACGGAUCAUUGCCCAUGAAUGGUAUGGACAUUUUAUAUUUUGCUUCAAUGCUAUAAAGUUUAUAGCUUUUUUCAGCCAUUCACAAUAGAGGUAGUAAAUUGGAUGCAAUUGUUCAUGGGGUGUACAUUAUGUUGUAACCCUGUGCUGUUAAGAGUUGUUAUGAAGGUUUUUGUCUUGUUUUACAUGCAGCUAGGAGCUAUGGCAGAAGACGAGGUAAAGCCAAACCCCAAAUGUCUUCAUGUUUUAGCCUACAUCAUGUUUUAGCCUACAUCAUGUCAUUAUUUGCAAAGCAUCCAUUACACAGUACAUGCUGUCUGUCUGGUUUGGCCUCGCUAUGUCUGAAAUGGCACCCAGGUGGAAUAGGGUGCCAUUUCAGAUGCAACUGUUCUCUAGGCCCCGACUGAACCUGCAGAGGAAGACUUCUUAAGUCCCCAGGGAGGAUUUGAAAUUAAUAUAUUUUUUAAACAUCACAAUAAAAUGUAUGAAUUCAAUCCAAAUACUAUAAAGUAUGGUAGAGUUCCAGGUCGUCUUUAUUGCAGUCGUGCUGACUGACCGUCUCACAGAUUGCAAUAGUAAUCCAAACAAAUCAAAUGUUAUUUGUCACAUACACGUGUUGUUGCGGGUGUAGCUAAAUGCUUGUGCUUCUAGCUCCGACAGUGCAGUAAUAUCUAACAAGUAAUAUCUAACAAUUUCACAACAUAUACCCAAUACACACAAAUCUAAGUAAGGAAUGGAAUUUAAUAUAUACAUACAGUGGGGAGAACAAGUAUUUGAUACACUGCCCAUUUUGCAGGUUUUCCUACUUACAAAGCAUGUAGAGGUCUGUAAUUUUUAUCAUAGGUACACUUCAACUGUGAGACGGAAUCUAAAACAAAAAUCCAGAAAAUCACAUUGUAUGAUUUUUAGGUAAUUCAUUUGCAUUUUAUUGCAUGACAUAAGUAUUUGAUACAUCAGAAAUGCAGAACUUAAUAUUUGGUACAGAAACCUUUGUUUGCAAUUAGAGAUCAUACGUUUCCUGUAGGUCUUGACCAGGUUUGCACACACUGCAGCAGGGAUUUUGGCCCACUCCUCCAUACAGACCUUCUCCAGAUCCUUCAGGUUUCGGGGCUGUCGCUGGGCAAUACGGACUUUCAGCUGCCUCCAAAGAUGUUCUAUUGGGUUCAGGUCUGGAGACUGGCUAGGCCACUCCAGGACCUUGAGAUGCUUCUUACGGAGCCACUCCUUAGUUGCCCUGGCUGUGUGUUUCGGGUCGAUGUCAUGCUGGAAGACCCAGCCACGACCCAUCUUCAAUGCUCUUACUGAGGGAAGGAGGUUGUUGGCCAAGAUCUCGCGAUACAUGGCCCUAUCCAUCCUCCCCUUAAUACGGUGCAGUCGUUCUGUCCCCUUUGCAGAAAAGCAUCCCCAAAGAAUGAUGUUUCCACCUCCAUGCUUCACGGUUGGGAUGGUGUUCUUGGGGUUGUGCUCAUCCUUCUUCUUCCUCCAAACACGGCGAGUGGAGUUUAGACCAAAAAGCUCUAUUUUUGUCUCAUCAGACCACAUGACCUUCUCCCAUUUCUCCUCUGGAUCAUCCAGAUGGUCAUUGGAAAACUUCAGACGGGCCUGGACAUGCGCUGACUUGAGCAGGGGGACCUUGCGUGCGCUGCAGGAUUUUAAUCCAUGACGGCGUAGUGUGUUACUAAUGGUUUUCUUUGAGACUGUGGUCCCAGCUCUCUUCAGGUCAUUGACCAGGUCCUGCCGUGUAGUUCUGGGCUGAUCCCUCACCUUCCUCAUGAUCAUUGAUGCCCCACAAGGUGAGAUCUUGCAUGGAGCCCCAGACCGAGGGUGAUUGACCGUCAUCUUGAACUUCUUCCAUUUUCUAAUAAUUGCGCCAACAGUUGUUGCCUUCUCACUAAGAUGCUUGCCUAUUGUCCUGUAUCUCAUCCCAGCCUUGUGCAGGUCUACAAUUGUAUCCCUGAUGUCCUUACACAGCUCUCUGGUCUUGGCCAUUGUGGAGAGGUUGGAGUCUGUUUGAUUGAGUGUGUGGACAGGUGUCUUUUAUACAGGUAACGAGUUCAAACAGGUGCAGUUAAUACAGGUAAUGAGUGGAGAACUGGAGGGCUUCUUAAAGAAAAACGAACAGGUCUGUGAGAGAUGGAAUUCUUACUGGUUGGUAGGUGAUCAAAUACUUAUGUCAUGCAAUAAAAUGCAAAUGUAUUACUUGAAAAUCAUACCAUGUGAUUUUCUGGAUUCCGUCUCUCACAGUUGAAGUGUACGUAUGAUAAAAAUUACAGACCUCUACAUGCUUUGUAAGUAGGAAAACCUGCAAAAUCGGCAGUGUAUCAAAUACUUGUUCUCCCCACUGUAUAUGAACAAGCAAUGACAGAGCGGCAUGGACUAAGAUGCAGUAGAAUAUUAUAGAAUACAGUAUAUGGGUUGAAAUGAUCUGAUACCAGAUUAGAUGGGUUGAAAUGAUCUGAUACCAGAUUACUUUAGAAAAAUGGCAUUCACUGAUCAGAUCAAAUGACGACAUAAGAGCAUUGUGUUGAACACUGUGCAAUGUUUAAAAGUGAGAACCGCAGAAGGGCGAAGGUACUAAAUGACUAGAGUUGACUGUGUGAUAUAAGGUUGCUUCUUGUGUCAAUAUUUUUAGCUGGUUUUGUUGAGAUGAGAUGGGUAAUGCAAGAUAUGUAAACAUUAUUAAAGUCACUAGUGUUCCAUUUCUUAAAGUGGCCAGUGAUUUCAAGUGGCAGCAGCAGCCUCUAAUGUGCUAGUGAUGGCUAUUUAACAGUCUGAUGGCCUUGAGAUAGAAGCUGUAUUACAUUCUCUCUGUCCCAGCUUUGAUGCACCUGUACUGACCUCACCUUCUGGAUGAUAGUGGGAUGAACAGGCAGUGGCUCGGGUGGUUCAUGUCCUUGAUUAUCUUUUUGGCCUUCCUGUGACAUCGGGUGCUGUUGGUGUCCUGGAGGGUGGGUAGUUUGCCCCCGGUAAUGCGUUCUGCAGACCGCACCACCCUCUGGAGAGCCCUGCGGUUGCGGGUGGUGCAGUUUCCGUACCAGGCGGUGAAACAGCCCGACAGGAUGCUCUCAAUUGUGCAGCUGUAAAAGUUUGUGAGGGUUUUAGGUGCCAAGCCAAAGAGGCUCUGUUGCGCCUUCUUCACCACACUGUCUGCGUGGGUGGACCAUUUCAGUUUGUCAGUGAUGUGUACGCCAAGGAACUUGAAGCUUUCCACCACCCUCUGCUGUUUCCUGAAGUCCAUGAUCAUCUCCUUUGUUUUGUUGACGUUGAGUGAGAGGUUAUUUUCCUGGCACCACACUCCCAGAGCCCUCACCUCCUCCCUGUAGGCUGUCUCGUCAUUGUUGGUAAUCAAGCCUACUACUGUUGUCGUCUGCAAACUUGAUGAUUGAGUUGGAAGGCAUGCUUGGCCACACAGUCAUGGGUGAACAGGGAGUACAGGAGGGGGCUGAGCACACACCCUUGUGGAGCCUCAGUGUUGAGGAUCAGCGAAGUGGUGAUGUUGUUUCCUACCUUCACCACCUGGGGCGGCCCGUCAGGAAUCCAGGACCCAGUUGCACAGGGCGGUGUUCAGAUCCAGGGCCUCGAGCUUAAUGAUGAGCUUGGAGGGUACUAUGGUGUUGAAUUCUGAGCUAUAGUCAAUGAACAGCAUUCUUACAUAGGUAUUCCUCUUGUCCAGAUGGGAUAGGGCAGUGUGAUGGCGAUUGCAUCGUCUGUGGAUCUAUUGGGACGGUAAGCAAAUUGAAGUGGGUCUAGGGUGACAGGUAAGGUAGAGGUGAUAUGAUCCUUGACUAGUCUCUCAAAGCACUUCAUGAUGACAGAGGUGAGUGCUACAGGGCGAUAGUCAUUUAGUUCAGUUACCUUUGCUUUCUUAGGUACAGGAACAAUGGUGGCCAUCUUGAAGCAUGUGGGGACAGCAGACUGAGAUAGGGAGAGAUUGAAUAUGUCCGUAAACACACCAGCCAGCUGGUCUGCGCAUGCUCUGAGGACGCGGCUAAGGAUGCCGUCUGGGCCGGCAGCCUUGUGGGGGUUAACAUGCUUAAAUGUCUUACUCGUAUAACGUUCAACGCUUGUGUUUGUUGUGAGGUGUGAUCAUCUGUGCAGCGCGACAGCAAAAAAAUAUGACCUGACAUGAUUGUAUACUGCCUGUUUCCUGCUGUGCUUUUGUGACCUGGCUGUGGUGGCUUGUCACUGGACUUUAGCAAAACGUUAUGUUGCAAGUGCUUGAGGAAAUCAUGGUUGGUUUCAUGAUCAUGGUUCUUUUUUGUCUUCAUCACAAUGAAAAAUAAAUCCCUCAUUUGAGUUAUUUUGAUUCCAAUCAAUGUAUCGCAAUUGAAGAACCUAUUUCAGAAUUUUAUUGUAAGUGUAUUUAUUUGGAUACAAUCUUACCCUUUUUCCACGACUGAGUCAAACAGAGCUGAGCCAAGCUGUACUGAGCUGGCCUGGUUAAUCCCAAACUGUACUGAGCUGGCCUGGUUAAACCCAAGCUGUACUGAGCUGGCCUGGUUAAACCUGAGCUGGCCUGGUUAAACCAAAGCUGGACUGAGCUGGCCUGGUUAAACCAAAGCUGGACUGAGCUGGCCUGGUUAAUCCCAAGCUGGACUGAGCUGGCCUGGUUAAACCCAAGCUGUACUGAGCUGGCCUGGUUAAACAUUCACAAUAAUUGCUGGAAGGGACAAUGUGAAAAUUAAAUAUUGGAGCCAGCACAGUACGGUUUGAAGAGGAAAAUGUAUAACCUCAAAUGGGUGCUAAGUGGCAUAAAAAGUUCAGGCACUUGCAUGGGUUUGAAAGUUUAAAAGCCUUUAAUGUAUGGGCUAAGACAUUAAAAUACACCAAUGCAUGUCGGCUUACGUCUUCAUCAGGGUGUCUGGGUUAGUACGUUUUGGGUUGGCCUGAUGGUGUGAAAUAAGUAUCUCAUCUCCACUGAUUUCUCUCUCUCCGCCCUCCAGGUCACAGUAACCUGUUCCCCAUGGAGGACGAGCGCUCCUUCGGAGAGGACGAGUCAGGUGACCAGGGACUUCCUGGUUUAGGAUCCGCCCACUGUUUCCCGCACCUCAACGGAGAGCGAGUGGAGAGAUACUCACGCAAGGUGUUUGUCGGAGGACUGCCACCCGAUAUAGACGAAGGUAUUGAUCGAUUAACAGAAUAAUACACCUUCUACAAUGUUGUUCUUGGGUUAAAAACAAUGGUUUGAGAGGUGUCUGUGUUUUCUAUGUUAAUGGCCCCGACAUAUGAUGUCAUAGAGGCUUAGAGGCUGUGUACUAAAGAGCCUGUGUACAGUGGGGGGAAAAAAGUAUUUAGUCAGCCACCAAUUGUGCAAGUUCUCCCACUUAAAAAGAUGAGAGGCCUGUAAUUUUCAUCAUAGGUACACGUCAACUAUGACAGACAAAAUGAGAUUUCUUUUUCCAGAAAAUCACAUUGUAGGAUUUUUUAUGCAUUUUUUUGCAAAUUAUGGUGGAAAAUAAGUAUUUGGUCAAUAACAAAAGUUUCUCAAUACUUUGUUGGCAAUGACACAGGUCAAACGUUUUCUGUAAGUCUUCACAAGGUUUUCACACACUGUUGCUGGUAUUUUGGACCAUUCCUCCAUGCAGAUCUCCUCUAGAGCAGUGAUGUUUUGGGGCUGUCGCUGGGCAACACAAACUUUCAACUCCCUCCAAAGAUUUUCUAUGGGGUUGAGAUCUGGAGACUGGCUAGGCCACUCCAGGACCUUGAAAUGCUUCUUACGAAGCCACUCCUUCGUUGCCCGGGCGGUGUGUUUGGGAUCAUUGUCAUGCUGAAAGACCCAGCCACGUUUCAUCUUCAAAGCCCUUGCUGAUGGAAGGAGGUUUUCACUCAAAAUCUCAUGAUACAUGGCCCCAUUCAUUCUUUCCUUUACACUGAUCAGUCGUCCUGGUCCCUUUGCAGAAAAACAGCCCCAAAGCAUGAUGUUUCCACCCCCAUGCUUCACAGUAGGUAUGGUGUUCUUUUAAUGCAACUCAGCAUUCUUUGUCCUCCAAACACGACGAGUUGAGUUUUUACCAAAAAGUUAUAUUUUGGUUUUAUCUGACCAUAUGACAUUCUCCCAAUCCUCUUCUGGAUCAUCCAAAUGCACUCUAGCAAACUUCAGACGGGCCUGGACAUGUACUGGCUUAAGCAGGGGGACACGUCUGGCACUGCAGGAUUUGAGUCCCUGGCGGCGUAGUGUGUUACUGAUGGUAGGCUUUGUUACUUUGGUCCCAGCUCUCUGCAGGUCAUUCACUAGGUCCACCCGUGUGGUUCUGGGAUUUUUGCUCACCGUUCUUGUGAUCAUUUUGACCCCACGGGGUGAGAUCUUGCGUGGAGCCCCAGAUCGAGGGAGAUUAUCAGUGGUCUUGUAUGUCUUCCAUUUCCUAAUAAUUGCUCCCACAGUUGAUUUCUUCAAACCAAGCUGCUUACCUAUUGCAGAUUCAGUCUUCCCAGCCUGGUGCAGGUCUACAAUUUUGUUUCUGGUGUCCUUUGACAGCUCUUUGGUCUUGGCCAUAGUGGAGUUUGGAGUGUGACUGUUUGAGGUUGUGGACAGGUGUCUUUUAUAAUAAUAACAAGUUCAAACAGGUGCCAUUAAUACAGGUAAUGAGUGGAGGACAGAGGAGCCUCUUAAAGAAGAAGUUACAGGUCUGUGAGAGCCAGAAAUCUUGCUUGUUUGUAGGUGACCAAAUACUUAUUUUCCACCAUAAUUUGCAAAUAAAUUCAUUAAAAAUCCUACAAUGUGAUUUUCUGGAUUUAGUUUUCUCAAUUUGUCUGUCAUAGUUGACGUGUACCUAUGAUGAAAAUUACAGGCCUCAUCUUUUUAAGUGGGAGAACUUGCACAAUUGGUGGCUGACUAAAUACUUUUUUUCCCCACUGUAGCUGACUAGCUUUGACUCUUUCAUUCUCAGAUGAGAUCACCGCCAGUUUCCGCCGGUUCGGUCACCUGUUUGUCGAUUGGCCCCACAAGGCUGAGAGCAAGUCCUAUUUCCCACCCAAAGGUGAGUCUGAUAUGGUCACAUUGGCCAGGAAAUACUCAGGGCAUAGGAAUGAAGGGAAUAGUCAGGGCAUAGGAAUGAAGGGAAUACUCAGGGCCCUAGGAAUAAAGGGAAUACUCAGGGCCCUAGGAAUGAAGGGAAUACUCAGGGCCCUAGGAAUGAAGGGAAAUAGAUGAAGGUCAUGAGAGUAUUGAGCGCGUUCUUUCCCCUCUCUAGGUUAUGCAUUCUUACUGUUCCAAGACGAGAGCUCUGUCCAGGCUCUGAUUGAUGCCUGUAUCGAAGAGGAUGGCAAGCUCUACCUCUGUGUCUCCAGCCCCACCAUCAAGGACAAGCCUGUGAGUGGAGCUUUACGUCUGUGUCUGUGUGUGUGUGUGUGUGUCUGUCUCACACGAGCCAGUCCAACUGUUUGAGUCUCCCAGGCAGUAUUUAAAAAUGUUUUUCACUGUAAUUAAACUUCUUGGUGGGAGUUGUCUGUCCUCCUUGUCAGUCUAGCGCUGCUGGUAUAAAUAGUUGUGAGAUCUCCCCAGUCCACUCACCUAGUUCAGCCCAGUCCACUCACCUAGUUCAGCUCAGUACACUCUCCUAGUUCAGCCCAGUCCACUCUCCUAGUUCAGCCCAGUCCUCUCUCCUAGUUCAGCCCAGUCCUCUCUCCUAGUUCAGCCCAGUCCUCUCUCCUAGUUCAGCCCAGUCCUCUCUCCUAGUUCAGCCCAGUCCUCUCUCCUAGUUCAGCCCAGUCCUCUCUCCUAGUUCAGCCCAGUCCUCUCUCCUAGUUCAGCCCAGUCCUCUCUCCUAGUUCAGCCCAGUCCUCUCACCUAGUUCAGCCCAGUCCUCUCACCUAGUUCAGCCCAGUCCUCUCACCUAGUUCAGCCCAGUCCUCUCUCCUAGUUCAGCCCAUCCUCUCUCCUAGUUCAGCCCAGUCCUCUCUCCUAGUUCAGCCCAGUCCUCUCACCUAGUUCAGCCCAGUCCUCUCACCUAGUUCAGCCCAGUCCUCUCACCUAGUUCAGCCCAGUCCUCUCACCUAGUUCAGCCCAGUCCUCUCUCCUAGUUCAGCCCAGUCAUCUCACGUAGUUCACAUCUAGUUGUAUGGACAUUGAAAGAUUAUUUUACAGACGUUAUAUGGAAUUUGUUACAGCCUUUUAUAGAUGUUGGUUGAGCGUUAUAUGGGUGUUAUCUGAACAUUGUCUGGCCAUUCCUCUGUGUUCCUCUAGGUCCAGAUCCGUCCCUGGAAUCUGAAUGACAGUGACUUUGUGAUGGACGGCUCUCAGCCUCUGGACCCCAGGAAGACCAUCUUCGUAGGGGGGGUGCCACGUCCUCUACGUGCAGGUACUGGACUGGGGUUUUAUGUGUGAGGAAUGGGGGGGAGAUGCGAGAGGAGCCGGGUAAGAGGGUAGGAAUGGGGUGAAAGGAGGUAGGGAGCGGAGGAAUGUGGGGAGAAAGGGGAGGGAGGUAAUGGAGAGGACGGGGGAUGGAGAGAGGGAUGAGACGGGGGGAGGGAAACGGGGGUGAGGAGUAGGGAGGAUGGAACGGGGAGGAGACGGAACGGGGGAGGAGAGGAACGUGGGGAGGAGGAUGGGAGACGGGCUGGGGGAGGCAGUAGGGAGAAGGGCGGGGGAGGAGAGGGGAAGAGGGCGGGGGAGGAGAGGGAGAGGGAGAGGACGGCGGGGAGGAGGAGGGUAGAGGACGGGGUGAGGAGAUGGGAGAGGGGGGGGGGGGGCCUAGGGUGGGAGGGUGGGGGCCUGACGGGGCCGGGAGAGAGGUCGCAUCAAAGGCCAUAUUGUAAUGUCCUUGUUCCAGUGGAGCUGGCCAUGAUAAUGGAUCGUCUGUACGGAGGAGUGUGUUACGCUGGCAUCGACACAGACCCCGAACUAAAGUACCCUAAAGGAGCGGGGCCGUGUGAGCAUUCUCCAAUCAGCAGGAGCUACAUCGCUUGCUAUCAGCGCUCGAUUCGUUCAGCUGCAGCACGGCGGAGAUCACCAAAAGGGUGUGAGUCAGUUCUGGUCUUUGGUUAGUUUUUUAGCGGAGCCCACAUACGCCAUGCCAUUUUGUCCAGGAGAAGAAGACCUCACGCACACAAUAGCUAAGGUACAAAAUGGAGCUGGGUAUGAGCUUCUCCCCUCUGGUUUCUCUUUUGUCCCAUUCAAUCUGGGUAAAUGUUUAAUCUCCCCUCCUUCUCCCCCCUCUCCCCCUUCGGUCCUCCCCCCUCUCCCCCAGGUGGAAGUGAAGCCAUACGUGCUGGAUGACCAGCUGUGUGAUGAGUGCCAGGGGACGCGCUGUGGAGGGAAGUUUGCUCCCUUCUUCUGCGCUAACGUCACCUGUCUCCAGUACUACUGUGAAUACUGCUGGGCAGCCAUCCACUCCCGGGCCGGACGAGAGUUCCACAAGCCACUGGUCAAGGAGGGGGGAGACCGGCCCCGACACAUAUCCUUCAGGUGGAACUAG